AUUGCAAAAGAAAAAUUCAAAAAUUUCAUAGCACGCAUAGAAAUUUCCAACAAUGUCGAUAAACUACCCAUUUGCACAUUUUCUUCCACUACUCUCCAAAAAAUUUUAAAGAGUCUUACCAAAUUCAACUUCACUAGAUCAAGCUUGCAAGUUUCACCCAUGGAUUCUUUUUCUUUUGUCUUCCUCUGUCACAAUAAUAUCACAUAAAUACUCUCUGCUAGGGCUUCUCUUUUAUAGCAUCUUCCUGCAGCACUAGAGAUGAAGCCAAGCAUGUCCUUGAAGACUCAGAACUUGGCCUUGUUGCUUCUUUUUGUUAUUGCCAAUUUCUUGAGCUAUUAUCAUUGUGAGGCAGCAGAUGAAGAUAGUUCUAAACUUGGAGCUUCUUUUAUCUUUGGUGAUUCUCUAGUUGAUGCUGGAAAUAAUAACUAUUUACCAACUCUUUCUAGGGCAAAUAUCCCUCCUAAUGGGAUUGAUUUUAAAUCCUCCGGCGGAAACCCUACCGGUCGAUACACUAAUGGGAGAACCAUUGGUGAUAUUGUAGGGGAAGAACUAGGGCAACCAAACUAUGCUAUCCCAUUUCUAGCCCCAAAUGCCACAGGAAAAGCUAUAUUGUAUGGUGUAAAUUAUGCUUCAGGAGGAGGAGGGAUUUUGAAUGCAACUGGAAGAAUAUUUGUUAAUAGGCUUGGAAUGGAUAUUCAGAUAGACUAUUUCAACAUUACUAGAAAAGAGUUUGACAAAUUGUUGGGUCCAUCAAAGGCAAGAGACUAUAUUAUGAAGCAAUCCAUUUUCUCUAUCACCGUUGGAGCAAAUGAUUUCCUAAACAAUUAUCUACUUCCAGUUCUCUCUGUUGGAGCAAGAAUUACUCAAAGUCCUGAUGCAUUCAUUGAUGAUAUGCUCAAUCACUUAAGAGGUCAACUUACUAGACUAUAUCAAUUGGAUGCUAGAAAAUUUGUUAUUGGAAACGUGGGACCGAUAGGCUGCAUACCUUAUCAAAAGACUAUAAAUCAACUGAAGGAGAAUGAAUGUGUGGGAUUGGCUAAUAAGUUGGCAGUUCAGUACAAUGGCAGAUUGAAGGAUUUGCUUGCUGAAUUAAACGAUAAUCUUCCUGGAGCUACGUUUUUGCAUGCCAAUGUCUUUGAUCUUGUCAUGGAACUCAUCACAAAUUAUGACAAAUAUGGAUUUACAACAGCAACCAGAGCUUGCUGUGGAAAUGGAGGGCAAUUUGCAGGGAUAAUUCCAUGUGGACCUACUUCAAGUAUGUGCCAAGAUCGGUCCAAGCAUGUGUUCUGGGAUCCUUACCAUCCCAGUGAGGCUGCAAACCUUCUACUUGCCAAGCAACUGCUGGAUGGAGAUAAAAGAUACAUAUCUCCUGUGAAUCUUAGGCAACUCAGAGACCUUUGAUAUUAUAAAUUUCUUGAAUUCUGUUUCUUUGUGUGAACAGUUAUCCAACUUCUUCUUCUUCUUCUAUUAUAUCAACAGCUAGGGUUUUGCUCUAA